CCAGUUUCAGUGCAAGAUUCAUUAAGAGGAUAAAAAAAGCUUAAAAAGGUCAAGAGCAUUUGAUGUCAAGUCGAAUCAAUAAAUAUUAAAUUAUAGUUUAAAGAGGACCAUCUACGCCAAAAAGUUCUGCACGUGUACGGAUGAGUGGAAUCUCUAACCUUGAAAAUUUUAAACAAUCUCGUCUCUAUAAGAAUAACUGUAGCAAAUUCACUUCAUUCAUUAUAUAAUUAAUUGCAAAAUGACAGAUCAAGCUAUUUCUUCAAAAGAUAAUUACGAAUGUGAAAUGGAUGGAACAAGUGAUGAUGAUAGCGGAGAUGAUUGGGAAGAAGUGACAGAAGAUUUUGAAUCUAUACCGUGCCUUUUUUGUAAUGAAGUUGCCAAUAACUUUUCUAUGGCAUUAGAGCAUCUAAUAGCUUCACAUAGAUUUGAUUUAAAAAACUUUAUAAUCAAACAUUCUUUAGAUACUUAUUCGUACAUCAAAUUGAUUAAUUUUAUUAGACAUAAAAAUGUUUUACCUGAUCAGUUAAAUGCAUUGAAUAUAAAAACAUGGGAAAGUGAGGAAUACUUAAGACCUGUUAUAGAAGAUGACCCUUGGUUAAUGUUUGAUAUUGAAGAUUUAGAAGAAAAGACAACGAAACCUAUUGCAUAUACUGUGAAUUCAGAAAAUGGGUGUGUCACAUUAUCUGAGGCACAUUUUGCUGAAUUACAAAGAACAAUACAAACACUUAGAGCACAAUUGGAACAACGUGAAUCAGCAUGUCUUUUGGCAAUACAGCAAAUAGAUGAAAUGGCAGAAAAAGCACAAAAAUUGAUCUUAGAUGGUGAUUUAGAUGAAAACAAUACUCUCAGCUCUUCUGGUAAUUCUAAUUGUAAUGUUGAUAAGGGUUACUUUAAUAUUUACAGCCAUUUUGCCAUACACCAUGAGAUGUUAACAGACAAAGUACGAACCGAAAGUUAUAGAGAUGCAUUCUUAACAAAUGCUAACAGAUUUAGUAAUUGUGUGGUAUUAGAUGUUGGUUGUGGAACUGGAAUUUUGUCUAUGUUUGCAGCAAAAACUGGAUGUCGCAAAGUAAUUAGUGUUGAUCAAUCAAAUGUAAUAUAUCAUGCAAUCGAUAUAGUGAGAGAAAAUAAUUUAAGUGACAUUAUCACUUUAAAAAAAGGUCGGCUGGAAGACAUUAAUCUCGAUGAAGAUAAAGUAGAUGCGAUUGUGUCUGAGUGGAUGGGAUAUUUCCUUCUAUUCGAGGGUAUGUUAGAUACAGUGAUAUAUGCGAGAGAUAACUAUUUGACUCCUGGCGGAAUACUUCUUCCUAAUAGAUGCACACUCAGUAUUGUGGGAAGUGGAGAUACUAGGAGAUAUGUCGAACUCAUUGAUUAUUGGUCAAACGUGUAUGGUUUUAAAAUGAGCUGUAUGAAAGCGGAGGUUUUACGUGAACCGAGUAUAGAGAUUUGUAACGCCGACGAAUUAAUAACUAGCACUGUUGAGAUACAAGCAUUCGAUUUAUACAAAGUAACAAAAGAUUGCGUAAAUUUUUCAUCGCCUUUCGAAUUUAAAGUAAAAAAGACUGGAUCGUUAACUGCGAUUGUUGGCUAUUUUGAUAUCUUCUUUGACUUGGACAAUCCAAUUUAUUUUAGUACGGGACCUUAUUCGCCUCCAACACAUUGGAAGCAAACAGUAUUUUCAUUGAAUGAACCUAUUAGCAUUACCGAAGGGGAAAUUUUACGUGGUAAAUUAGUCUGUCGUAGACAUGUUAGAGAUAUUCGAGGACUAAUGGUUACAAUUCAUAUUAAGAAUACUAGCCAGGUUUAUUACUUAGAAUAAUCUAAUGAUACUCGCUUUGAAGUCUACUUAAUAGACGUAAGUGCCAAAAAGGAAAAAAAGAAAAAGAAAAAAAAUAAAUAACAUAGGGUCCAUAACAGCUUGCUGGCUAUAAAACUAUUGAUGACUAUCAUUAAAAAUUAAAUAAUAGAUGAAAUAUGGUUUAAAAAGCGUAGGAAAAAUCGUUCAGUAUCCGUAUUUUUUAUGGAAUUGUGAUUUACAUUUUGAGUCCCUGUAAAACUGUAGAAAUCAUAUAAUCUCGUAUAGAUCGAAAGGUUUUUGACUCCUGCAAUGAUGAAGAUAGACAUAAACAAUCUAUAUAUAUAGGAUUUUUUUUACUUUAUUAUGUAUUUUUUUUAAUAUAUAUAACCAAAGAUUAUACGUUGAUUGUUUCCGUAAAUUAUCUUACAUAAUCACAACGCACAUGCUUUCUACAGGAUAUCGUCGCAAUUAAUGCGAACUUUACGGUAGAGAUUAUUUACGAUUCGUGCCUUUUUGAUAGUCGAUAAACUUAAACAUUUAUAAUUGACCAUAAAGUUAACAUUUUGGAAGGUUAAGUAGUUCCGAGAAAAACGA